AUGGUGAACCCGACGACCACUGUCCUCUGGGAUCACCUAGAGUAUCUGCCUCUUGCUAAACAUUUGGCUGAAGAGGAUCUCAUCCUUCUCUUGACACCCGUCAUUGAGCCGCCGGGUGAAACGCCACAAUUCCAGGAUCCCUUCGAACCCCUGGGCCAGGCAAUAGCCACGCAACAUCCUCUCGUGCGGCAUGUCCCAUACACUAAGAACGGCGGCAUAACGGAUGCCCACAAAGUCUUCAUAAAAAGAUGCAAAGCCAUCAUCUUCGUCAUUACAGCCCCUCCUUCGACCGAAGAGCCUUCGCAGGCUAGCCUAGCUGCUACAGCCUUCCAGAUUGGCGAUGACCGACCCCAGAUUAUACUCGCCUGUCGUGACAUCUGCGCUCACAGCCUUCAGGCCGAAUCGUUUCCAACCGUCAUUCAAGCAACAUCCCUCUCACCUUCGUCACUCGUCGAGGCUGCCAGCUUUCUCUUCCGGCCACACGCCUCUUCAAGCCCGCCGCAAGCCUUACCCAAAGUGCCCAUCCAGUUCUGGUCCCCGAACCGUGACCUCCCUGCCAUAACGUCCCUCUGGCGCGCCUGCUUGCCCGCCUGCUUCCAUCUUCCUCAACAUGUGCUGGCGCCCCUCCUUCGCCGCGAUGGCUACGCAAUGCACUUGACGGUCCGUGAUCCCCACUCAGACGCCCUGAUAGCCUUUUGUGCGACCUACACCACCUACCCUUCCACCUUGACCUCGAACCUCCUCGGCUCCCUGGCCCUGCUCCUCGUCCACCCGGACCAUCGCCGUCGCGGUAUCGGCACCGCCCUGCAUGGCGUGGCACUCGCCCAACUGAGCCGGACGUCGGGCGUAGAGGCCUUGCUGCUGGGCUCUGCCUUCCCACGACUCCUCGCCGGCGUGCCUUUUGAUGCUGGCAGCAAGGACUGGUUCGCCAAGCGUGGAUGGCACGAUAGCGGCCCCGGCAAUGAAAUUUCGGACUGGAUUGUAUCUUUCGAUGAGGCACCACCGCAUUUCUCGUUAGUGGUUCCCGGUCUCGAGUUCCGGGCCUGCGACGAGGGGGACGUAAGCCGUGUCGUGGCCUUUGCGGAGCAGAGGGAUGGCGGCAUCAGACAAGCGAGCGCUCGGCUACGCGAGCAAUUCUCGCGACUCGAGGGCCCCCCUCAUGUCGAAGAUGUCGUGGUCGGGUCCAACCUCGCGGCGUCGUCGCCUCGGCGGUCCUCUACGUUCCGCGCGACGGAAGUCCUGCCGCCGGAGACCUGCCGUGGGCCAGGACGCUCGGCGAUGACGUGGGAGGUCUGA